AUGCAUGCUCUGCAUUGUCCGUUCAUUGGUUUGGCGGUGGUGACGCUGUUAGUGAGCGGCACCACUAGGAAGGAGAACUCGACACACAAGAUGAGGAACGUGGUGUCGCUGGUGGUUUUAUUGCUGGGGUUCACAUCCGCGGGGUAUGCCCCAGUUGGAUUUGUACAGCCACCCUUCAUCCCGCCGCCCGGACCAACUAUCACUAAACUGAAACCCAUCCACGUCAAAACGACAGUCACGUUUCCAAAUGGUUUCACGAGAGUGUUUUUCCCUAACAAAGGAAUGAACUUCGUUCCUUUCGGGGGAGCGCCACUUCCUGUUCCGUUCCCAGUAGCGCCCAUGCCCAUGGCACCCGUUCCCGCAUUUCCGGUAGCCACACCCAUGAUACGGCCUGUGACUUCCGUGAUACGGCCUUUGACACCCGUGAUACGGCCGAUGGCUGUUAAUACUGGAUUUCCGGCUGCACAGAAAGUUGUCCAACAAAACAAUAAGGAGCCAGAACCAGCACCAGCACCCGUGAAACCCAUCAUAGAAAAACCGGAAACCGCUAAUCCGAUCGAACAAAUCGGAAACCCAGUGUACGGCGGAACGUUCGUGGUAAAUGUAGACAGAAGUAGGGGUUUUCGACCCAUGCCAUUCCCAACUAUUCGACGCUUUGAAAAUAUCGAUAUUCCCUUGGCUCGUGGUCCACAAAUCUCACAGCAGAUGAACUUCAUAGACAACAGACUGAACAACAACGUCUUUGAUUUCGAGCCCAGAACUGUUGGGGGAAGGUUUGAUAUAGGUAAACGCGUUAUAGAUUUUUUCAAAAAGCCAAAAAUACGCACCUUUUCUGAAAUAUGUAAUUACUUUCAGCCUCCAAUACGUCUUGAUCCGCCCCGGGUGAAAGUAGAAACAACACAGGCAGUGAUUCCUCGUGAACCCCCGGUUCCUGGAUCUCUGACUGUGCUAUAUUUUCCCUAUAUUCUAGUCAUCGACAAUGUUGAGCCACUUCCAAUUAUUCCAAUCCAGACCUCCCAUCCUGUUGACCAGGUACUUCCGCCGAAACCAGUUCCUCGGCCCGUUUUUCCAGCGGGUCCAGUAGACAUAAGACAGAGACCUAUAAUUUCAGAGGGUCCUACACGAGGGGAUGUUCCUAAUAUUGGAUUGGUUUCUCCAGUCCCCGGGGACCAAGGAAACGUUGUGAUGGACUUCAAAGACUCGGGCGCUGUAGCAAACAACCUUGACGUAAUAAGCAACGAGUUCAGAUCUGCUGGUGGUGUAAGUGCUAUGAAAAUAGGGGCUGAUGCAGCACAAGUAGGUGGUGGCGCCGGGCCUGUGGUGGAUUUUGGCCCUGCUCCUGCUCAGUUAGUCGACGUUGACGCUCGUGCUGGCUUUGUUGACGCUCGUGCUGGCUUUGUUGACACUCGUGCUGGCUUUGUUGACAAUCGCGGCAUCAACAUAGCAGCAGAAAAUUCUCUGAUUUCAAACGAUCUAGGAAUGGUCAAUUCCAAUUUCGCUGCCCAUGGCCAUGGUCAUUUUGGAGGAGGCAAUGGAUUUGAUCAUAUAGACAGUAUCAAUAUCAACAUCGAUCCCAGCCUCGGUCUCGAUUUUGGUCCAAUGGCUGGAGAUUCGGGCAUCGCUUCCCGAUUCAACUCUGCCACUGGCAUUGGUCAGUCUUUUGAUGAUCGAGUUAUUGACAACAGGGUGGCCUUCGACAACCCAAAAUUAUCGAAUUUCGAAGCUACAUCCAAUUUCGUUGAACCAGCACCGAUAUCGCUGAUGGAAACCUCAUUUGACAACGCAGCCAUGUCUUCAAACUCGUUCUCAUCUAAUAUAAAAUCAGGUGGUGGCAAUAACGAUAAUCAUAUCAUGCGAAGAACCACGACUGUAAGAAAGCUCAUCAGGAAACAAGUAUGA